AAGAAAAUUCAAAACAUAACCAAAGGUAAGUUGACAUAACCUACAAUACCAACGAAUGAAGUUUUGGGCCUUUUGAGGAAAUAUCUGGAGGCUAGAAGGUAUUAAAAAAUGAAUAUUUUUGGACAAGUAUCUAGACUCUUCCCUACUCCGUUGACAACACUUCAAGUGGCCAUCAGGAAUGCUUCGAAAAAAACUGGUGGUAGUACUAGAAAUUCUAGCCCAAAGGUAAGGCCUAAACAUAGGGGAUGGAAAAGACAAGAUGGACAUGAGGUACAAGCAGGAGCUAUAUUGGUACUGCAGAGAAACCUUCGAUUUCAUCCUGGUUUGAAUGUUGGUUUAGGUAGAAAUGGAACUCUGUUCGCUAUUACACCUGGUAAAGUCAUGGUUACAUGUGAGAAAGUAAACUUGAAUUGGGACCAUACAUGGGUUCAACGUUGCCAUGGGUUCAGGAAAGGUGUUGAUUUCUACAAAAAAUAUUUCAAUGUGGUGCCUAAAGAACAGCACAACAACUUCAAAUUGAUUGAACAAGUGUGAUUGCAAAUUGUGAAAUAGAAAAAAAUGUAUAGUGAAAACUGUUAGGUUCUAAAUGAAAUGCAGCUUAUUGAAUGUGAUUUGCAUUCAGAAAGUGCACUAUAAUAUAUUAUUAUAGGAUUAAA